AACCCCGAGAGCACUAGACUUCUCCCAAAGGAGUUGACAGAGGAAUACAACCUCACCAUCAACCACCUGAACACUGCAUUUACCAAUGUAUCUGCCAAGCUUUCCAGGGUCAAUGUUCACAGGAGAUGGUUCAAGGCAGGGAUAUUUGGAAACAAGCAUCUCAAGCUGGUGAGCUGUGCAACAUAACCGUGUGUACCAUGCUUUACAUCGCUUCUCCAUUGCAGGCAAAUCCUGAUGUGCUUGUAUCUCCGGCUACCACUCUACCCCACCACCCUCCUUCUGGCCACCGACAUAGAACUCAUUGUCGACGUUCCCUUCAUAUUCCACACUCUACCAACCCUCAUUAAAUUCUCAUACGACCCUCACGUCACCGGAGGGUUCGGCCCCUUCUCGCUUGGCCGGCUCCACAGAGCCAGUGCUGGGGACAUGAAGUUCAGGGUGGGUGUCAGAGACAACAAGAUAUCCAUCAGACUACCUGGAACCCAGCUGAUUGGCUAUGUCUGUGACGUGGUUCCACAACACCCGAGAGAACCUACCUACAGAGUUCGUCGUUCAACUCACUCAAAUGUACAAGAUACACUUGUGAAAGAGUCAGAGUUUGACCAGUGGCUCUUUUCAAAGAACAAAGACCGUAGACUUCGAAACGGACUAUUUCGCAAGGACCCACUCAAUGACCCGGCUUUAACAGACAGUUUGAAGCAAGUAAAAGAUGGUGCCGAGAGAACUCCACUGCUAAUCACCCCAACAGUUCCUUCGAACACUGCCACAGACACUGUUUACUACAACAGCACAUUGUAGUCAAACCAUGAACUCUAGUAGAUAUUCAACUGUACUGUAUACCUAUUGAC